AUGCGAGGGAAACAACAGCCGCUGACGAAUCACGAAGAGGAGCUAUUCGAGCAACCGUCGCAGAUCAUCGGAGCGGAAAAACAGCUUCAGUUGUUGGUCCACGCGGGCAAGGAAGCCGCGAGCGUGAAGACGAGGCCGACGUCACCCGUCCUGGCGAACGACGGAGGGGGUGGCUUCUGGCUGGCCACGGUGGCCGCGGGGGCAGGUGCCCCGGCCGGGCUGCCCCCGCACGGGACCCAUCAUCCAGCCAUGGAUCCGACAUGCGGCUCCGCGGAGACAGGCUUCAUCAACAGUCAGCCGUCUAUGGCCGAGUUCAUGACCGCGUUGCCGCAAUUAACCGGCGACACGAGUCUCCAACAUUCUCCUGGAACAGGAGGAUCCAUCAGCCCUGGAUCGCACCAUCCUGGCUACCACACGAUGAUGGACCCUCACGGGGUACAGGAUCCCUCCGUAAACGUGCCCGAGUACCCGUGGAUGAAGGAGAAGAAGACCACGAGGAAGAGUAAUCAGCAAGAGAACGGCCUACCGAGGAGACUGAGAACAGCCUACACGAACACUCAGCUCUUGGAGCUGGAGAAGGAGUUCCACUUCAACAAGUACCUGUGCAGACCGAGAAGAAUCGAGAUCGCCGCGUCCCUGGACCUGACGGAAAGGCAGGUGAAAGUCUGGUUUCAAAAUCGACGAAUGAAGCACAAGAGGCAAACGCUGAGCAAAGAGGACGGCGACGAGAAGGACGGAUCGACGUCCGACGGUAUGGAGAAGUCGAAAGGUGAGAAGAUGCUAACGCUGGACAGCGACGAGAAGAAGAGCUGCCACAACUGUGAUAUCUCUGGCGUGAGCGACGUGGGCAGCACUCUAUCCGGCGACGUGACAGAGCUCACAUCCUCCGGUCGUCGAAGCAGCAACAACAACAACACGCCUACAGCAACGAACAACAACAACAACAACAACAACAGCAAUCCGGCGUUCAACGCGAACAGCAACGGAGCUAGCAGCGUCGGUAGCACCAACAGCGUGUCCAGUUCGUUCGAGAAGAUGAUAGCGGACGACGACUCCAGGUCUCAAGACGGCAGCGAGGUGACGUCGCCUAGCGUCGCCAAGAAACUGUCCAGCGACGUUAGGGUGAAAGUGGAGAGCGGUCACAAGAGUCCUAAUCCGGGCAAACAGCAGAUUUCCGUCAGCAAGAAGUCUCCGUCGGCUAACAGCAAGGAGCUCUGCUCGGUGAACAGCAACGGAGUGCUACUGGCUAUGCCUGAUUCUACAGUUAGCACACCUGUACUGCCCGGUCAAAAUUCCACGAGAAGCCUGACGCCGUCUUCGACGCCAGGCACUCCUGUCUCUGUUCAAUUGCAACAAGGAAGUCCUCUGGGUAUUCAGGCUACUCACGCAGCCUAUAUGCAGAGACCAAGAAGCUCGCCGUCGUCUACCAGCUCCGUAGCUGCUCCCAUGAUGCACGGAUCUACCAAUGCUGGAACCAUGUCUCCACAUGCCGGAAGAAAUCUGAGUAACAACCAACAGACGCAUUUCCAGCAACAGCAAAACGUCUACCAGCCGACGUCAGCUAUAGACUACAGGAAUGGCGUGCCUAACAGACAGGCUGUACCAACAGGAACCCAGCAAACUCAGUCUCAGAACAACUACUGCACCAGGGACAGCUAUCAGCAGCCUAGAAUCUCGUAUCCAGGCGAAGUUCAUCCUCUCUACGCCAGGCAGAAUCAAGUGCUAGGCUCGAGAGUAGGUCACCACGUUCGCGCGACGACAGGUGCCGCUUCUAGGACGAUGUACAACGCCAGUAUGCAGUUCCAUCAGCAACAGAACCAGUACACCAACACCGGCGGAGAGUACAACGGCUAUCCACAAGCUGGCCCGCCUUAUCACGCUUCCUAUCACCGAUCCAUGCAAGGCAGCAACGCUUACACCAGCGGCCAGGGUUACUCCGCUCAGCACGAGCAACCAGCCGAGAGUUACAUGGCGCCAGGCAACUACGGCUACCCUAACAGCGGGAACUACCACGCAACCACCGAGAAUCUAGCUUCCCAUGGUCACGCCGCUGUCUCCGUGCAAACCGGCCAGCACUACUACAACGACAUCCAACAGCAGCAGCAACAUCAACAGCAACACACAGCAGAGGGCUACGUGACGCAUCAGCCGCCUAUGCAUCCAAGUUCCAGCGAUUACAGAGCCGGUACCAAGUGUCAUCCGAACGCCUACUACGAGCAAACCAGUCAGAUACACGUCCAUCAAGGCGGAGAAGCGUCGAACAUUCCAAACAGCUACGUCUCGUCGCCGGAUCCGUUCCCAGCCCCGGGAAUGACCACCACAGCGACAGCAAUCGCUGCUGCCACAGCAGCGGUGAUCACUCCGCCGGGAAGCGCGGCUCAGGCUGAAGGCAACGCGGACACCUACAACUACGGCAAUUUUUACGCGGAACCUGUUCACACAGCAGCUCCUCCGCCAUCGGCGGACAACAGCAACAGCUCGUCCGAUUUCAACUUCCUGACGAACCUGGCGAACGACUUCGCACCGGAGUACUAUCAGCUCAGCUGA